UUGAUCUUUGGUCGUUUAGAAGUCUUUAUAAAAAGCUAAACUAUUCUAAGUACUACUUAAGGCCUUAAAACCCUAUUAGUUUCUUUGAGCCUGACAUUGACCAUAAGGUACGGCAUUUUAUAAGACUCCACAUAUAGCCAUGUUUCGGAAGCUUGUAAUGAAUAUUUUACUAGUAAUAACCCAAGUGUUAGCUGAUGAUGAAGAUCUCAGCGGUUUCACCUUCACCGGAUUCAAGUCAAACUCGAACGAGAAUAUCAGCUUGAGUGGCGAAGCUGCAAUUAGCGAUAUUGGUCUCUUGAGGCUCACCAAUACUAGUUCUAAAUCUCAAAAAGGCUCUGCUUUCUACUCCAAACCACUGACUUUCAAGUACUUUCCAAAUACUACUUCUACAACUUCUACUACAUGCUUCUCCUUUUCAACCACUUUCGUCUUCGCUAUCAAACCAGGACAAUCUUCGACUAUGAAUGGGCACGGCAUGGCUCUCGCCAUUGCUCCCACUUUGAGUCUCCCAGGAGCCAGUCCGAAUCGUUUUCUCGGUCUUUUCAACGAGUCCAACAAUGGCAACGCCACCAACCACGUCGUCGCAGUCGAGCUCGACACCAACCGCAGCAAAUCGUUCCAAGACAUCGACGACAACCACGUCGGCAUCGACAUUAACGGGCUGGAAUCGGUGAUAUCUGCUCCGGCGGCAUAUUUCGUCGGAGAUAAUGGUGAGUUUAAGAACUUGAGCCUCGUAAGUGGCCAGCCUAUGAAAGUUUGGGUUGAAUACGACGCCGUUGAGAAGCAACUUAACGUGACUUUAGCUCCGGCCAAUGUUGUUAGCAAACCCCGGAAGCCACUUUUGUCUUUGACCAGAGAUCUUUCUCCGAUUUUGAAAGACACCAUGCAUGUUGGGUUUGCUUCCUCAACCGGCGCUGUUGGAAGUAAUCACUAUGUUCUGGGUUGGAGCUUUAAGUUUAAUGGCCAAGCUCAAGAGCUUGACUUUGAACAGCUCCCCAAGCUGCCUGGUUAUUUAGGACCCAGUAAAAACAAAAAGGGAUUUAAGCCUAUUUUGACUAUUGUGUUGCCAAUAGUGUUGGUUAUAGCUAUGGCCAUUUCAGUCAUAGUUUAUGUGGUCAAAAGAAAUAAAAGGUUUGUAGAAGUCAUAGAGAAUUGGGAUGAGGUUGAGUUUAGACCUCAUAGCGUCAAAUACAAAGACCUAUGUAUUGCCACAAAAGGGUUUAUAGACAAAGAAUUGUUGGGCAAAGGUGGGUUUGGGAGUGUUUACAAAGGUAUGUUGCCUAACACUAGUACUGAAAUUGCAGUGAAAAAAGUUUCAAAUAAAUCAAGACAAGGCAUGAAAGAAUUUGCUUCAGAAAUUGCGAGUAUGAGUAGGCUUCGUCAUAGAAACUUAGUUCCACUCUUGGGCUAUUGCCAACACAAAGGAGAGCUCUUAUUGGUCUACGAUUACAUGCCCAAUGGCAGCCUAGAUAAGUACCUAUUCAACCAACCCAAAACGACACUGAAUUGGAACCAAAGAUUUCGAGUCAUAAAAGGAGUGGCUUCAGGGCUGCUAUACCUCCACGAAGAAUGGGAACAAGUCGUCGUCCAUCGAGACGUGAAAGCUAGUAACAUACUGCUCGACAGUGAUUUUAAUGGCAGGCUUGGAGAUUUUGGGUUGGCGAGAUUUUACGAUCAUGGAACUGACCAUCAAACGACUCACGUAGCCGGGACUCUGGGAUACUUGGCGCCGGAGCUUACGAGAAUGGGAAAGGCCACGACGAGCUCAGAUGUGUUUGCUUUCGGGGCUUUUUUGCUCGAAGUGGCCUGCGGAAGACGGCCAAUCGACAGACGACAGCCGCAAGAGGAUGCCAUUUUGGUGGAUCGAGUGUUCUCUUGCUGGGACAGAGGCGACAUUCUUGAGGCCAAAGACCAAAAGUUGGGCUCGGAUAUAGUAGCAGAGGAAGUGGAAGUGGUACUGAAGCUGGGGCUGUGGUGCUCUCAUUCGGAGGCUGUGGCUCGGCCGAGCAUGAGAGUGGUGGUAGAGCACUUGGAAAAGCUUAAUCAGCUUCCAUUGCCAGACUUGUCACAGCUUCAGUUAUCUGCCAAUGGCUUAACGUUUGCACAAUGUGAAGGUUUCGAUAAUAAAUACAAUUUUCAACCUUCAGUUGUUGACUCGAUUCUCUCAUGUGGACGUUGAUUUCGAAAACAGAGUUGCAUUUUAUUGCUCAAUAUUCAAUUCCAAAAGUCAAAGUUACAUUUAUUUUUUACUAGUCAUCAUAUAUUUAAAAGCAUAGUUACAAGUCCAACAUAUAUCACUAUAGUCUAUAUAUAUUGUAGUUUUCCGGGCACCACAA